ACUCAGCCCCUACUGGUCAGUGAAGUCUCAGAAGCAACAUCUUAAGCAUCAGCACUGUCAGACAAAAAUGGACCUCAGAACAACAGUUUCUCUUCUUCUGCUGCUGCUUCUGGGCCUUUGUAGCGCUCACUAUGGCGAUUAUCAUGGUGCUGAUAAUGAGACAUUAGUGGUUAAGUCUGGCAUGGAGGAUUUUACCACGACUAUUCUGAGAAUCAACAAUGGAUCUAGAGAUUUUUUGCUAGAAGGAGAUGUGUUGAUUCCAAAAACAAGGAAUGCUAUGAAGUGCUUAAAUGACGCAUACAGCUGUCUGUGGCCAAAGUCUGCUAAUGGGAAAGUGGAAAUCCCUUUCAUUAUAAGCCAAACCUAUGAGGACACAGAGAGGAAUGAGAUUUUAAAUGCCAUGAAGGACUUUAAAUUAAAAACCUGCAUUCGCUUCAUUCCACUUGAAACUCAGAAGGUGUACUUAAGCAUUGAACCAAGAUAUGGCUGUGUCUCUUUACUGGGUCGUACUGGAGGCAAGCAGCUGCUGUCACUGCAGAAGUAUGGCUGCAUACAGCACGGCAUCAUCCAGCACGAACUGCUGCAUGUGCUGGGUUUCUACCACGAACACAAUCGGAGCGACCGUGACCAGUAUGUCAAAAUCAAGUGGGAAAACAUCAAUGAAUAUUUUGUCAACAACUUUGAAAAGUAUGACACGAAUAAUCUCAACACUACGUAUGACUACUCCUCUGUAAUGCAGUAUGGAAGAACUGCCUUUGGAAAUAAUGGCUUGGAAACCAUCAUUCCCAUCCCUGACCCCUCUGUUCCCAUUGGGCAGAGAGAGGGCAUGUCCGACAUCGACAUUCUCAGGAUCAACAGGCUCUACAAGUGCGGGAACAUGGGGUAGUGGAUUACUGCAGUUUAUUUUGAUAAAGACAUGAUACUUGACAUUCAUGUGACAGUAUGAUAAUAAAAUGGUUAGAUUUCA